UGUGGCGCCGAUGGCCGCGGAGCAAGGCGCCUAGCCAGACAAGCUGCGAGCUUCCUCUCCCACCGCCUGCUCUUGCAGCCGAGGCGGCAGGCGCUGCUCCGUCUGAAGCAGCCCAGCCCAGGCAGGGGGAGGGAUUGCACAAGCCCCGGAGCAGAAAAUGGUCGGCUGGGGUUGGUGCGAGAGGCGAAGCUAGCCGGGGACGCCGCCGUGCCGAGAAGAAGGGGAAGCGCAGCAGCGCCGGAGACCCUCUUUCCCCCCUCCUUUCUGUUUUUUUGGCCUUCGUCGUCAUCCGGGCUGUUGUUUUCCCUGCUGUCGACCGAUAUUAUUACAUGCAUGCAGCGGAUUUGAGCACCGGCCGCCGCAGCCGCCCGGGCAACAUGCAGCUGUCUCCCUGCGGGGCGGAGGAAGCGGAGUGAGGAGGAGCCGCAGCGGCGGGUUUCUGCUUUCUUCUUCUUCAUUUGCGUGUGUGUUUCUCCUCCUCCCGCCACCCCGCCUUGUUUGGGCUUUUUGCUCGCGGGAAAAUGGAGCCUUUCCCCAGUAACGAUCGAAUUCCAUUACCUAGGAAUAUGAUUGAAAACAGCAUGUUUGAAGAAGAACCUGAUGUGGUUGACCUGGCUAAGGAGCCCUGCUUGCAUCCCUUGGAGCCUGACGAAGUGGAGUAUGAGCCAAGGAGUUCUCGGCUCCUUGUCCGUGGUCUUGGAGAUCACGAAAUGGAUGAGGAUGAAGAGGACUAUGAAUCGUCAGCCAAACUUCUGGGAAUGUCUUUUAUGAAUAGAAGCACGGGCCUGCGUGGUAACACAGUGGGCUACAGGCAGAGUUCAGAUGGAUCAUGUUCUGCACCAUCUGUAAGGACCACAGUGAUUUGUGCUGUUGUUCUUGUGAUUGCUGUCUCCGUAAUAAUGGCAAUCUACCUUCUUCCCAAAUGUACCUUUACCAAAGAAGGCUGUCAUAAGCAAAACCACACAAUGGGCGAUAUAUAUCCUUUGGCAACAAAUGGAAAGCCCUUUCCAUGGGCAAAUUUCAGGCUACCAAGUGCUGUUGUGCCAGUACAUUAUGAUAUUGUCUUGCAGCCAAACUUAACCACUAUGAAGUUUUGGGGUUCAGUCCAGAUAACUGUGAAAGUCCUCCAGGUGACCUGGCAUAUCAUUCUUCACAGCUCAAAACUUAACAUUACCAAGGUAACUCUUUCUUCAUCAGGCUCAAGCCAGCCAAAGCAAGCCGAGCUUCGGGAAUAUCCACUGAAUGACCAGAUUGCAAUUUUUGCCCCCGAGGCUCUCCUUGUAGGACAACAAUAUAACAUCAACAUGGAGUAUUCCUCUAAUUUAUCAGAAAGUUACUCUGGCUUUUACCGAAUCGCUUAUAACAAUGACAACAGAAAUUCAACAAAAAGGUGGCUUGCAGCAACCCAGUUUGAACCCUUGUCAGCAAGGUCAGCUUUUCCGUGCUUUGAUGAACCAGCAUUCAAAGCCACUUUCCAAGUCUCUGUCAAGAGAGAUAAUCAGCAUUCUACUUUGUCAAAUAUGCCAAAGAAAGCAACCAAAUCUCUGGCAGAUGGAUUGGUUCAAGUUGAGUUCUAUCCAAGUGUGAAAAUGAGCACUUACCUAGUAGCUAUCAUUGUUGGAAACUUGGCAAAUCGCACUAAGGAAACAAAUGGGAUUCAGGUAUCUGUCUAUUCUGUGCCACAAAAGUUGAACCAUACUGAAUAUGCCUUAGACACAGCAGUGGAGCUCCUCAAGUUUUAUCAGAAGUAUUUUAAUAUAACAUACCCUCUUCAAAAAUUAGACUUGGUAGCUCUUCCUGACUUUGAGGCUGGAGCAAUGGAAAACUGGGGUUUGAUCACUUUUCGAGAGACAACACUCCUUCACGAGGACACGACAUCUUCAGCCAUGGAUAAAAAGAGAGUAACAAGAGUGAUCGCUCAUGAACUGGCACACCAGUGGUUUGGCAAUCUGGUAACUAUGGAAUGGUGGAACGACCUGUGGCUGAAUGAAGGAUUUGCCACUUUUAUGGAAAAUUUUGCCUUGAAGAAAGUCUUCCCAGAAUUAUAUACUGAUUACUCUUUUCCAAAUCUGCAAUUCAAGACAAUGGAGAAAGAUUCCAUGAAUUCAUCCCAUCCCAUCUCCCUUGCCGUCCAGUCGUCAGAGGAGAUCGAGCAAAUGUUUGAUGCCGUCUCCUAUAUCAAGGGAGCUUCUCUCUUGUCAAUGUUGAAAAACUAUCUCCACAGUGAUAUCUUCCAAGCUAGUAUUCAAUUAUAUCUGCAUAACCACAGCUAUGGGUCCACCCAAAGUGAUGACUUGUGGGAUAGCAUGAAUCAGGUGAUAAAUGACACCCAUGUCGAUAUAAAAAAAAUCAUGAAGACCUGGACUCUCCAGAAAGGAUUUCCUUUGGUGACUGUCAAAAGAGAAGGCAAACUGAUCCAUCUGCAGCAGGAGCCAUUUGUGCUCAAUGUGGAAUCAGAAAAUCAGACCGUACCUGCCAGUUAUUUGUGGAGCAUUCCUCUUUCUUAUACCACCAGCAAUGACAGCUUACCCUACAGUUCUUACAAUUAUUUACUGCAGCAAAAGUCAGAUGCCAUUGAACUUCCAGGUGAAACGCAGUGGGUGAAGUUCAAUGUAGACUCAAAUGGUUACUAUAUUGUACAGUAUGCGGAAAAGGACUGGAAUGCCCUAAUUGACCUGCUGAAGACGGAGCCCACUGCUCUGAGUUCCAGAGACAGAGCCAAUUUGAUCCACAACAUUUUUAAUCUGGCAGGAUUAGGAAGGGUGUCUUUGGCCAAAGCCUUUGACCUGAUUGACUACCUAGUGAAAGAAAACAGCACUUCUCCAAUCAUACAAGCAUUGGACCAAAUGAACCGUAUCUUCAGCCUGGUUGAAAAAAGAGGAAUGCAGACCCUUUCAGCGAGAAUAUUGCAUAAGAUGUUACAACUAUUUAAAGACAAGAUUAACCAACAGAAAUGGACAAGUGAUGGGACCCUUUCAGAACAAGAGCUGAAGUCAAGUCUGCUGACCUUUGCCUGCACCCAUAAUUUGGAAGACUGCAGCACGGAUGCUACCAAGCUAUUUAAUGAAUGGAAAGACUCCAAUGGCACAAAAAGCCUGCCAACAGAUGUUAUGAAGAUCAUAUUCACAGCCGGAGCAAAAACUGAAAGUGGCUGGAACUAUCUUUUAAGCAUGUAUGCAUAUUUGGUGUCUGAACCAGAAAAGCUCAAAAUCCUUGAAGCAUUGGCCAGUGCAGAUGAUGUUAAAAAACUGAUAUGGUUAAUGCAAACAAGCCUGGAAGGAAGCAUCAUCAGAUCGCAGGAUCUUCCAACUGUUAUAACAACAGCCAGUCAGAAUUUGCCUGGACACUUACUAGCAUGGGAUUUCGUUAAGGAGAACUGGGAUCAGCUUAUAAGGAAGUUUCACCGUGGAUCAUACACCAUGCAAAGUAUUGUGAUUGCGACAACUUGUCAGUUCUCAACACAAGAACAUCUGCUUGAGGUUAAGACAUUCUUCGAAUCCAAGUCGGAGGAGACUGCUCAGCUACGGUUUGUUCGAGAGGCCAUUGAGAGGAUUCAGCUGAAUAUCCAGUGGAUGGAGAAGAACCUGGAGACGCUGGAGAAAUUGCUAUAGUGAUCGCAUCCAC